UGUUUCUCCUGAUCUUCGGUAACUUCAUGGUGAUGCUCUCUGCCUCUCUUGAAUGAAUGACAUCAUGCUCCUGUCUGUCUCCAUCUGCGACAUGAUGUCGUCCAGUAACGGUCAACGGUUUCCUUAAGAUCUGCCGUUCUACUGCACGCGGUGUAGAGUGAUGCAGCAGAAGUUGUGCUCCAGAGGUUCCGGUUCUUUCCUCUUGGAGAGGAACGGCCAAGCCUGCGGUGCCGUCUCCAUCACUUCCUGUGACCUCCCCUUCCGUUGCCCCCGCUGCGGUGAGCAGGAGCGCUUUGGCAGCCUGGCCUCGCUCCGCGCCCACCUGGAAUACCGCCACUCAUACCGCUCACCGGACUUGACCACAGGUGGAUUUAGCAUCACUGGCAAACUCCCCGACCCGCUGACUGCUGCGAUACCCUGGUACGACAUGAGCCUCCCGACCCGCAGGGGGCAGCAGAGCACGGGGCGGCCACCUCACGCCCGCUCCCUCAGUGACAGCAGAGACAGCGGAUACCUCCACUCUUAUAGUUCUGUGAGGAGACGCACACAGAGUGUUGGUGUGGGGACGCAGGCAGAUGAAGAGGAGGAGGAAGAGGAAGAAGAAGGGGGGUAUGAAGAUGAAGAUGUGGGGGAAGAAGAGGAUGAGGACAAUGAAGGUGAAGACAGAGACGGCAGUAAAACUGAGGAGGAUGUCAGAAUGUGUGAGAAAAAGACAGAGUCAUGCCUGCAUCACCUGAACCACCUUCACCUCCCGCUCCUUAGCCCAGCUGCUCUCUGCCCCCCCAACAGACCUGGAACUGGACCUGGAGCUGAGCAGAGCGCAUACUCCGGUUUAGAGACGGCAGCAGCCUCAGCCGCAGUCCGACGGAGAUUGGCCAGCAUCCUGCGAGCGGCCGACAGUACCAUGCAGCGUCGCCUGGCCAAGGUGAGCACGGAGCUCGCCCAGACUGACACGGAGCUCCUGUGUGAGCGUGCUCACUCCCAGCACCUAGCCCAGGAGAGGCAGGAAGUGGCUGACAGGGAGAGGUCACUGAGCCGGCAGGUGGAUGUGGCUGUUAUGGUGAUCGCCGCGUUGAGGGAGCAGCUCAACGCUUCGGAGAAUGAGCUGGAACGUCGGGAGAGGGAGGUGAUAACCAUCCAGAAGUUUUUAGAAGCGGCAGCUCGCCAGGAGACGUGCGGGAAAGUUCGAAUCCAGCAGUUCAUUGAGAACCUGUUGAGACGUAUUGCUCUGGCUGAGAGGCUGGUGGAGUAUUACCAGGUCAAUGGCAGCCCGCAACAGUGCAACCACUACAAGUACCAGCAGCCAAAUGGUAAUGGACCUCAAAGAAUCACUAAGAGCAGGUCAGCUGGUGGUCAGCUGUCCUCAUCUGGUCUCCAUGACAACAGAAGCCACUCCUCCUCCCAGUUUGGCGGCCGUUCUCACUUCUCUAAACCCUGUGGGGAACGAGACCGGGAGCGGGAGCACCGGGAGCGGCUCGCCCAGUCAUCUAGGCUGUUCUGCAGACCCGAACACAGGGACGAUAUCUGGAACCACCAGCGGCGUCGCUCCGCAGGGUACGAGGCGUAGAACUGUAGAGAAACACCAGAGGAGAGGGGGUGUCAGCAGGUAAAACUUCAUCCAACAGUUUUAUCAUUUCAGUGUGUUAACCUGUGGAAAAGUAACAUCCGGUCAUAUUCACAGAAGUGAUCCCUCCAUCAGUACAUUUGUUAAAGCUCCAAUGAAUCUAUUAAAUCUGGUCAAGAGGAAGGCAGAUCAGUCUUUUAUAUGAAACAUGUUUUUGCUACAACAGAAUCUGUCAUGAAGCAGGAUUGCAAAUUCUAAGUAUCUCCUUUAGCAGGGAUAGGAAAUCAAAGAGAGGAUUUUAUACAAUUGAUUGAUGUGAAAUGCUACAAAGUUUGAACAUUUCAGUGGUUUUCUUGCAUUUUACAGGAUGUACAUACGUUGUAAAUAGAAUACUUCAGCACUUGAUUGGGACUUAAAAACUCAACACUUAAUAAAAUAAAAUAAAAACGUAGUUCUUCUGUCAAAACUUAAAAAAAAGAAAAAAAACAUGAACAGGCACAUUUCAUUCAUAUUGUAAACUAAUAUGAUAAUGAAGCUUCUUUUGCUCUUUUUUAUCUUUAUAAAUAAAACUAUAAAACCACACAUAAGCAAAUAAUAAUGUACAGUAUAAAUCAAAAACUCUAUACACCUUGGCUUUAGGCUGUGUGAUCCCUGAUAAGACAACAAAUACAAAAUAUAACCAAAAUUAAUCUCUUCAUCUUGUUGCAGGCUGAGGUUAAACAUAACACACGAGUUACUAUUACAGCAUUACAGGGUCAAACAAAGUGCAAUAAUAAAUGUUACUGCAUGUCACAGAUCAUCACAUGUCAAGCAUGUGAUAGUUUAUUGUAAAGACUUUUUAUUGCCUACAAUGUGUUCAGCAAGUAUUGUUCUUUUCCACAGUUUAUUAUACUGAAUUAGACCGUUAUAAAGUGUGUACACAGCACAAAUCAUCAUAUUUAUUACAAUAUGAAAUCUGAGAAUUUUUGCGGUACUUAUGUUAUAAUUCGUCUUUGUGUACUUUUGUGGAACUUCAGGUAAAUACAGCUUUUGUAUUCAUCAUCUUAUUUGAUAUUGAAUGGUGGAGAAAGGUGUAAAGGUUUUGAAUCGGCCCAGUGGAUACGAAUGAACAGAUCCCAGUGAAGUUGCGAACACGUCCUCUCCUCUGGUUGAACCUUAACACCCCGGUCUGGUUUCCCAAAAAAACUCCUAAGCAGUUAAGUUGUCCAAUUUCUGUCUGUGCUUUAAAGACCAACAUUUGAUGAUCAUUGCAUUUCAUUAUCUGAGCAAACAUAACCUGUCUCUGUUAAUUAUGUCUAAAUGGAAGUAGAUGGAUUUGUGGUGAGGGAGAGCUUGGAUGUUGGAAAAAUAUAGGAGAUGGAUUAAACAGUGUGUAAUAUAAGCUAUAACCUUCAAAGGUUUCUUCUAACAAACACCUACAAUAAUAAUCUUAAGUUACUUUAAUGGCAAAGGAGGGGCAAAACUUCAUCCAUAGACUCAAGGCCAGAAUUUCCUAAAAGCAGCCGUUUUUCUGAUGGCCACCAGGGGGCAUCAUCACUGUUAAACAGAUAAAGUUUAUCAGUAUUACAGUCUAAGAAAAUCCUUGAAAUGUUAUAAAUAGAAGUUUGAAAGUAAGAACAAUUGAGCUCAAUAAAAAUAAGUCAGCUUAUAACAAUGUUAUUAUUUCCCCAUACAUAUUCACAUUGUUUUUUUGUACCUUAUGAGGAUGCUGACUUUCUACUUGUCUUGUAAGCUUCCUCUUCAGUCUUAAGCAUGAUUAUUGUAAUGAGGUCAUGCAUAUUUGAAACACCUGAGUUUGAAACAUGAGCUCAACUGAAAAUGUGUUUUCACUAGUUCACAGUUUUAGAUUAAUUAGCUUGCUAGCUGCAGUAACUGAAUCUGAAUCUGACAGCAACAAUGUCAUUUCAGCUGACAAAAACAAAGGAACAUGAAGAGUUUGCUUUUGUUGAUUGUAUUCCUGGAAUCAAGAAUGCUUUGUUCUGACAGUAAUAAGACUUUUUGAAUAGUGAUAUCUCUUUUUAACGCUGCAAACGACCAUAGAGUACCAUGUGAGAACAGUGAGCUUCAUAACAUGAAAUGUAUUCCAGAGUCAGGGAAACAAUGUCCGAUAGCUAAGAGGGGUUAUGUUGUUCAUUAAAUAACUGUGUUUGUCCUCAAAGAUGGAGUCGGUUUGCCAAAAUAUGAAGUACACUUGAUCGAAAACACUUCAUAUCUGUCUAAUAAUUUUUCUUUGUUGUUUGAUUUGGAACCCUUUUUUUUGGUCUCCUCCACUUUGGCUUCCUCUUACAGGGUCAGACAACUUCUUCAGUAGCCAUUUAGGUCUCAAGACUGCUUUUUGCUAAAGUGGAGCAUUUUUGUAGCUGUAAAGUUUAUAUUCAUUCAAUUUUUGUCAGUCACAUUUUAGUUUUCAAUGUGUCAUUUUUAUAAAAAAAAAGAAAAAAAGAAAAAUGAAACAUGAAGUCAUACUGUUACAUGACUUUAACUGUGAAAGCUCUCAUGGUUACCUGUAUAUAAAACUGUUGUUAAUAUUCUAAUGACUAGAGGAACAUUUUGGUUGUCAUGUGGCCUUGCAGCUCUGAUUUGGUUUAAAAGCACAGACAGGAGUUUGAUGACAUCAGACCUGGGUCAAAUGAACUGUGCAUGUUAUCUUGGCUUCUGUUUGAAGAGGCUUCAUGGUUCACUACAUUAGAACUUAUUUAUAAGAAGGUGUAAUUGUAACUUUGAAAUACGUAAUUGCGAUUUUUGUUUAUGAAUGGCUGGUGGAAUUAUGUAUAGCAUAUCACCAACCAGUUUGGGACAGAAGCAGGAGAGUGGAGAGUAAAAUCAGAUCUGCUAAAUUGACAAUAUUUUUUCAUUGAAUAUACCCUAUUUGUCUUCUACAUAUACUUUUAUCAUCAUACCAGCUGAACAUAAAGACUGGACGCUCAGAGAAAAGCUGCUUUACGUAAAAUAUUAAAUGAAAGAUAUUUACUUCCGAACAACUGCAAAGACAUCUGGACAAAACUACCACUGAACUAAAGCUUUUCAGUUCAUUUUGAAUUUUAAACUUGCACAGCUGAUUUAGUCUGUUUAAAUUUCUGUAUUUUUCCAUUCAAAAACCCAAAAAAUCAACUAAUGAUAUAUUUCCACAUUAAAGCUCCUGUGAUUAGUUUUUAGCUGGUUAUGAAACACACUGAAAUGAAUACAGAAGCUCCUUAUGACCUAAAAAAACAAACAAGAACAUCAUCGAGAGGACAGAUAUUUCCUCUUGAAUUAUUCUUAAUGUCUAAAGCCACUUUGGCAGGGUAGGUGUCAUAAAAAGGGAUAAAACGCCGUCCACACAGCAUUUGUUCUACACUUUCCAUGGCAAUGAUUCUUGCUGAUUAAUACAUCUGACUAUUCAAAUCGAGCAGAAUUAAAUUUUUUAUUAAAAAAAACACUACUUUCACGUUAGGGGUAAGAUUGGUGAAGAGUGUUUUGUCUAUAGGGGGCGCCAAAAUUCAUACAAACCUACAGUUUGAAUGGCGAUCAAAGAGCACAGACAUCCACUAUGAUACUCACAUAAAAGUAAUAUACUCUACACAUAUAAGCACCUAAUGUGUUUAAACGUAUUAACAAAAUUAUAUUUUCAUGUGAUAUUUAAAGCCUGUUUGUGGGUGGGAUCUGGAUUUACUUGAGAACUGAAUGGCCCAUUCCUGUAGUUUUUCAUCAUCUGGCUGAAAAAAUUACAUUUCUCUGAAACAAAAUAUUGCAUGAUGGUAAAACUUGUUUGGAAGUUUUUUUGUGGGAGAUUUUUUUUCUCACAUUUGAUGGUGAGUUAUGCUAUCUUUUCCUUGCCUACAGUCUUUUAACUCAACAGCGUUAUUAAAAUGGAUAUUUAAAGCACAUUGAGCUUCUAUAAAACAUACCAUACAUAGAAGACUGAUCUGAACUGAAUUUACUCUCUGCUGCAUCCUGACUGAUAAAGAAACCUUGUACAUGCCGGUAGAGUUUGGCCCAGGUCCAUAGGACCCCACACAUAUAACGAAUGUACACUGAGUUAAUGUAUAGCUCAAAAUGAAGAGAUGCUGUGAUUCAAGGCCUGACCUGUGGGCUUGAUCCGGCACUCAUUCACACAGAAACGGGUGGAGAUUCUCCGAUCACUACUGAAUGACGUCGUAUCAGCGCUUUCAUCCAAAGUGACUUACAGUGCCGUGAAUGCAAACAGUUCACUUGCAGUAAACUAAACAGCUCAUGAAGGCUUGUUUAACCGAGUCAUUCCUUCCUCUGCGUCAUCUUGUAUGAUCUGUUUACACGUCAUUUUUGCACUCAUCCAUUGAUAAGAAUGUAAAUGUAAAAGACAGUAUUUGGUGUAAAAUGUAUCUUUGCUGUCGUCGGUUCAGGUUUCGUUGACAGUGUUAAUAGAUAUUUUGUAUACAAAGCUAAUGUGUCGUCAGGUGGAAGUAGUAGAAUUACAGUACUUAAACUUGGCAGAACAUUAAUUGGGGUCAAACACAAAACAGAUCUCUUGUUUUGAACAGGGUGUCUGCAGUUCCUGGAAAGUUCCUAAAAUUACUGAGCAAGUACAUAAUGGUGUACUGCUUCUCUUCUGAUUGGUCACCAUGAUGAUUUUCUUUCUCUUCUGGUAAUUAAAGUUUGGAGAUCUUAUUUAAAUUCAACAUUGGUGCCAGUGGUGUCAGUAAAAUGUGUUAAAUCUUUGUGAGUGGAGCCUGCACACACCCUUUUAAAAGACCUGACCAGCAGUUUUGUCACUCAUUCGGUCCAAGUUUGUUGAAAGUUGCCAAUUUGUUAAGCCAAAUAAUGUUCUGUAUUUUCUGUCAUCUGUAUGACUGAUAUAUAACAGUUUCAGUAAUACCUGAUACUACACUACAUGGACUAUAUCCUCUGCUACACAGCCUACAAAGCAUUAGCCAGCACUAUUUUUAAUGGCUUCAUGAGCCCUCAAAUACUGAAGGUAAACUUGAACUUUUGUCAAGUCUAUUCUUUACUGCUUCGUACCACACAUAACCCCGAUCCUGAUGAACUUGGAGUUGGAUGGUUUAACACUUUGUGAAGAGAGUGAUGAUCAGAGCCUAUGAGUUACUGCUGCUGUCAACUAAAAAUAGUGUUCCCCUUUGCUUUUCAGUGACUGAAAAACAAAGAACUUUUACACACGCAUACUGUAUGUCAACAUGAUAUUAUAUAGAACUACUGUAGGAGAGAUAGAAAUGUCCCUGUGAGCAUAGUGGUGUUGUUGAUUCAUGUUAUUCAAUCAUAUGUAAAUAUUUUCAACAACAGUCAACACGCGUCUCUUAAAGAAAUUAUUGUGUGUCUAUAAAAUAGUUGAAUGUUCAUAUGAGGUCUGAAUGGAAAUCAACGUAUCUCAAAUCAAGAGACCCCUUUAAAUUUAAAUUUGUCUUCACGUUGAAUUUAAUUAUUUUAAAUCUGUGAGCGAAUGCAAGAACCUGCAGUCUCUUGUCAAGAACAUACAAUACAAAGAACUUACAUUUCAUUGGCCUUCAUUUAUCAACCGUGUGUAUGACCAAAAACUUGGUGUACGAAUAUUUCCACGCAAAGGAAACGCAUUUAUCAAUCUGGAGGUGGGCGGAGCUCGUGUACGCAAGUUUCAGUUCGUGUAAGUUUUCAUGUCAGUUUGGAGCGUGUUCCAGCAAAGCAAAUCUGUCUGUGCCGUGGAAUUAUAUCAUUGUAGUUCAGUGAAUUUUCAGAGGGUCAAACAGAGAGCUGCCCUACGUUUGUUUUUUUUGUAGCGGUCUUAAGGUCCUUUGUAUUUUCCCCCUGAAUACAAAAAAUUACUUUUAUUAAGGCCCUUAAAAGUUACAUAUCAUGAAUGAAUAAUUUAGGUUUUUAACAAAGGAUGUAUUAAAUGUUGGCUGUUGCUGGGAUUUUAUUCCGGACGUGGUAUUUCUGACCCUUUAAUGCUUCCUCUUAAGCCGUAGAGCGUCCUUCCAAAUCAAAAAUCCUGUGAUUGACCUAGACCCGCAUAUUUAAUAAAUGACACGUGAACCUCAUGACAGUCAUUAAGACCUCAUUUCUGGUCUGUAAUAUCUUGAACAAGAUCUAAAUGUGUCAGGUCAAUGUGGCUUGGGUUAAGUGUAAUGACAUACAGUAAUUGGCAAGAUAUCAGACACACUUUGGUAAGAUUGAGUUGUUGCAGUGUUCACGCCUACAAAAAGGUCAGUAGAAAACAUUUUCCCAUUACAGUGAAAUCUCAGCUCUCUUGGAGAAAUCCAAGUAUUUGACAUCAAAUCGUUUACAUGGUUUAACCUGUCUUUUCUGUUUUACACGUUUUUUAAUGAACAGGUUUGUAAGAUUAAGGAGGGUUUAUUUAAAUGGAAUAAAUCCCUCAUGAGUAUGUUUUAAUUAACUUGUAAUCACUUACAAAUAGACAUCAUGUCUCUGCAGUAGCCCAGCCAACCAAACAUAUGAUCAUGAGAAGGGACUUUAUCAACGCAUUAACCUGAGGUUGAGAGGGUUGUUCAUCAGCUGGUUGCAAUGUGCAACAACACCACUAGAUGUCCCUAAAUCCUGAGAAAUGCUCCUUGAAGCUCCUGUUGGUUAUGAAAAAGACUGAAAUGAACACUGAUGCCUUUUUAUGAGCUACAAAAGCAAACAAAUCCAUUAGUAAGAAGACUGAUUGUUUCUAUACGGUUAUUUUUAACGCCUGUCACCACUGCCGCCAGGGACAAAGUGAUAGCUGAAGCGGCCUUUGUUUACAUUUUCCAGAGCAAAGUUCACAGUGGGUGAUAUAUCUGACUGUUAAAAAAAGCAGGAUAAGAUUUAUUAUCUGAGAACACCUCUCAUGCAAGCACAGGACAUGGUUGAGUUCACAGGCGGUGCAUCUCUUUUCCAUAGUAAGGUCUCUAAAAAUAAUCAUCCUUGAAAGUCGAGUUGUUUGGUUUUUAUUUAAGCAGCAGCAUAAUUCUUGGGAAAUGUGUGUGGUGGAGUGUGUGCAGUGUCUCUCUUGUGCUGCAUCCUGCUGCGUGUUUGUGGCUCUCAGUCAUUGGAAAGACGCUGGAUGAUGCAUGAGGAAGCCCUACUACUACUACUACAUAUGUAGCUAUUGUGUUACUGUGACAGCAUGCUUCAUAUGUAGCAAAAAAGUACUUAUAAAAUACUGUUAUCUUGUACUACUAUGUGUACUUUUGUAGCAGAGUGAGGUCUAUUUUAAUGGUACAGUAUUUGAAGGAAAGUUGCACUAAUACAACCCAGAGCACUUAGCUUGGAGCUGUUGGACUUCGUAUGAGCGAUGAGUUGUGAAUUGGACAAUCAGCAGGUUUCAUGCGCAGGUUUGGAAAAGACUGGGAAAGACAUUUUUAUUAUUACUGUGUUUUGAAAUGUUUUUUGGGGGACAAAGUGCAAGAGUUGUGAAGCAUAGAGAGAAAAAGCUUGAGAAGUGGGUGAAAACAUAACCGAACAAGUACUCUUACUGUUAGUUUGAUUCUGACUCUACCUUUCUUGCUGUGAGUGGGUAGAGAAAAUGUUAGUUUUUAUGUCUGUUUCUGCAUCAACUUUGAUAUCCUUGGGUUCGUCAUGUUUGUCUGUAGGGAUUUUUCGUUUGCAGAAGUAAUCUCUAGUUUUGUGCCUUCACUCAAAAACUCUGUAGUCUGUAUAACACUGUGCAAAAUGCAAUACUGUGAAGAACUGGAAUACUUUUUAUGUUGAAACUCAUUGGUCUGUGUUUAAAUCAUCCAUGAUUAAAGCUCAAACAUGACACCAGGA